CGCAGCUUUUGCACCAUAGCGUAUCAUUCUUCCUUGUUCCCCUGAGCUGAGAGUGGAGGGUACUCAAAACCCUGAUUGCUUGUUCAUUGGGUUACGCUCUGCUAACAUUUCUCUUAGUGUCCUUCUUCCUUGGAAAAUGGCUUCUACAUUCAUCAGGAGACUGGCGAAAGCCGCUCCAAUCGGAUUUGGGGGGCAACCAAAGUCCAGUUACGGUGGGUUAAGCAUUCCUUUUGGAGCAAUUGCAGCAGUUUCUGGUGGAAUCUCCUGUCUGUACUACUACUCCUCUCCAAACUUGGCUUAUCUUGACCAAGUCGAAGAAGAGCCUGCUCGAAAAGUUGCUCUUAAACCAGAUAAAUGGAUUGAAUUUAAGUUGCAAGACACUGCAAGAGUUAGCCAUAAUACUCAAUUAUUCAGGUUCUCAUUUGAUCCCUCUGCCAAGUUGGGCUUAGACAUUGCCUCAUGCAUCCUUACCAGGGCUUCAUUAGGACAAGAUGCUGAAGGAAAAACAAAAUAUGUCAUACGCCCGUAUACCCCUAUAUCAGACCCAGAUGCUAAGGGAUAUUUUGACCUAUUAAUUAAGGUUUAUCCUGAGGGAAAAAUGAGUCAGCAUUUUGCCAGCUUAAAGCCUGGCGAUGUUGUUGAAGUUAAAGGGCCCAUUGAAAAGAUUAGGUAUUCUCCCAAUAUGAAGAAACACAUUGGCAUGAUUGCAGGUGGCACAGGCAUUACUCCGAUGCUUCAAGUAAUUGAGGCUAUCCUUAAGAAUCCCGAUGACAACACACAGGUUUCAUUGCUUUAUGCCAAUAUCUCCCCUGAUGACAUCCUACUUAAACAGAAGCUUGACUUCCUUGCUGCUAGCCGCCCAAAUUUAAAGGUAUUCUACACUGUAGACAAUCCAUCAAAGAACUGGAAAGGAGGUGCAGGAUACAUAUCAAAAGAUAUGGUUGUGAAAGGCUUGCCAGGUCCUAGUGAUGAUGCACUUAUCCUGGUAUGUGGCCCCCCUGGAAUGAUGAAACACAUAUCUGGUGAUAAGGCUAAAGACUACUCACAGGGAGAGCUUACUGGCAUACUCAAAGAACUUGGAUAUACUGAGCAAAUGGUUUACAAAUUUUAAUAGAGCCAUUUAAGCAUGUUAAGAAGCCGCUUUCUCAUGAUGCCGAAUUUUCAAUAAUGUUCAAAAGAAAUAUGGAUGGAAACUUACACAUCAAAAUAAUUGCAAAUGUUCAGAGACAAAAGAGUCAUUGUGAUUUGAAGGUUCAUGAUGUUUGUGAUUUCUUCAAACUUCAGAUUAGGUGCAUUAUGAUGUUUGUCCAAUGUUUAAACCCUGAUAUGCAAGAUCAACCCAGAAGACAGUUGCAUAGAACCUCAACUUCUGUUUGGUAUCCAUGCUACACUUUUUCCCCCUUUCUUUUGUUUGAUAUAUAUUGAGAGAGACAUUGACAUCUUAAAGAGAAAAUCCGGAUUGCUAAAACAGAAGAAAAUUAUAAAGAAAUGUGAAAUUUUUACUUUUGUCA